UACCUCGGUUCGCGCAUGCGCUUCCCUAGGGAAGGAGAUUGUGGAGGGGAUACGCUUGAGCAUCUUUGUCAGGUACGGGCACAUCCUUCUGCUAGAGACUGAAGUAUUUCCGGGUCGCCACCGGCUACUACUUCCUGGCGCGGAGCCAUGUCUACCCUGUUCCCCUCACUACUUCCACGUGUUACUGAGUCUCUAUGGUUUAACUUGGACCGACCCUGUGUGGAUGAAAACGAAUUACAACAGCAAGAACAGCAGCAUCAGGCUUGGCUCCAGAGUAUUGCUGAGAGAGACAACAACCUAGUACCCAUUGGGAAACCAGCUUCAGAGCAUUAUGAUGACGAGGAAGAAGAAGAUGACGAGGAUGAUGAGGACAGUGAGGAGGACUCAGAAGAUGAUGAGGACAUGCAGGACAUGGAUGAGAUGAAUGAUUAUAAUGAAUCCCCUGAUGAUGGGGAGAUCAAUGAGGUGGAUAUGGAAGGUGCUGAGCAGGACCAGGACCAGUGGAUGAUCUAGCUGGGGCUGCAGGACAGUGCUGCAGACUGGACCCGAGAGCUGUCUUCUUCUCUCUCUGGGCCUCUUGGGUACAGGACAGUUACCCACUAAGGCCCAAAGGGAGCUGCUUGGCCAAGCCACUGGCUUUCCUCCACCCCCUUCCCACCUUCCACCCUCCUCACCCCUUUAAUAAAGACACAGGGUGGUUUCUUUUCCAAA